UGUAAAUCAACCAAUAAGAGCGUGAACUCAGCGCGAACAAAAUUCAACAUCCUCAGAGUUAUUUCUGGGGACAAACGGAAGUUUAUGUCAAUGCAGCCGGUAGGUCAUACACAGAGGAGUCAGUCCUUGGGCAGCACUUGUUUGGUGAUAAGAAAUGGGUGAUACUUGAUGUAAAGUGAAUGAUGUCAUCGCAGCCCAAAGAUUAUGACUUAAGUUACAAAGUUCUGCUGAUUGGAGAAUCAGCAGUUGGCAAAUCAUCUUUGAUAAGAUGCUAUUCUAAGCCAGAUCAACCUUUCACUUCAGCGCUUAUGCCAACGUAUGGAAUUGAUUUUGUGAAUGUCAUUACCAUUAUGGAUGGAGUUCGUGUCCGCCUACAAAUAUGGGAUACAGCAGGACAAGAGAGAUUCAGAACCCUGACUGCCAUGAACUUUAGGGGCACAAAGGGUGUAUUAUUGGUUUAUGACAUUACAAAUGCUCGCUCAUUUGAUCAGCUUCAAUACUGGCUGAGGGCAAUGAAUAAGCAUGAGCUAAUGUAUGAAGAAGUAAUCUUAGUGGCCAACAAAUGUGAUUUUGAUGAGAAAAGGUGGGAAGUAGACACUCGUACUGGAGAGGAGUUUGCAAGUCAGCUUGGUUUGAAGUUUUAUCAAACAAGUGCAAAAACAAAGGAGAAUGUUCAAGAGGUAUUCCAAGAACUUGCAAAAAACAUGAAGUUUGCAAAUCAUCCUGAUCUGGUUGUCAAUGACGAUCAAGUCGGGGAGGAUUUUGAUAUGGUAGAUGGUGGGAUAAGAUUGCCAUCAUUUGAUUACCCAAAAGACAAGAGACAGAGGAAUUCUACCCGCUGCUGCUAUACCAAAUAAUUCAUCAUUAGGUUAAAAAUUAUGUACUAUGUCAUGCUCAAAUUAACUUUAUUAUAGGGGGUUGAUAACAAUUUCCUGCUUAAAAGAUUUUUAAUAUUAAUUUACAAAAUAGCAGCUACUAGUAUUGCGAACACUAUUAGACAUCUUCAAGAAACUUUCUUGAAGCAAUCUGUUUUUUUUUUUGUUCACUCAAUUCUUGGUGGCUUUUGUCUAGCUUCAUCAGAGCUACAAUGUAGAAAGGAUUGUCAGUAACUGCUUGUAUCACAACCCCGUGCUGUGGUCAUUUUUAAUGUUGAAUCAGAGGUAUGCAAGCAUGAGGGAGCAUUUGAUAAGAGGAAACCGUUCUUCUGUGCUUAUAUUCCAGCACAUGAGCUUGUAGCACUUGUAGGAACCUUUCUUCAUGGUAGCUCUGAUGAAGGUGGAAAGAAGCUACCGAACAUUUAGUACAAAAGAAGAAAAAGAAGACUGAUUGGUUUCAGAAAACAUGUUACAAAUUAGAGUUAACUAGCAUAUGAAGAAUUGCAUCAAGUGUGGCAAACACUUUAUUUAAAAAAAAUACUGCAAUAAGUUUCCCCCUUAAAGUGCUACUAUGAUCAAAAAAUUCACUCCCCUUUUUCCUUCAGAUUUUAAAAGCGUGUUUGACACGUGAUUGGCAAAAUCUUGAGCUUUGAAUUUUAUCCAAAGGUUGUUUUCUUUGAGUGCAAGUUUAGGAUUUUGAGUUUGUUUCAAGGAGUGCAAGUUUCUGCCAUUUCACAUUCAAGACUGACCGUUUGGACCUCAGAGGGUUGGAUCGAGGAUAAGAUGAUGUCAAAGACUCGCUAGUUUAAACUUGGAGCAUGUAAACGCAGCUUAUUGUGCAUGCAAAACAUGAGUUUAAAAGUCUGAAAGUUCAAAACUCCCGUGCUGCAUAUUAAUUUAGGCACAUGCCCACGCAUUGCAUUUUUAAACUAGUGAGUCUUUGACGUUGUCUUAUCCUCGAUCCAGCUCUCUCAAGAUUUUAAAGUUAGUAAUGGCAGACCAUUAAUUAGGAAAAUUUCAGUCAAAAUAAACAAGUGUCUUUUUGAAAUGAAGGCUUAAAACUUCGGUCACUUAGUGGUUCAGUUAUACAGUUUUGAAGUACAAAGAAAAAGUAGAAUUGAUUUUUGGUCACAGUAGCACUUUAAUACUCAGAGGACAUAUAUCAUAUAUAUCUGAAAAUAAUUGGGAAUUCUAUCUGUACCUAGGUUGUGCAAAGCAUAACAAUUUUAUUGUCAAAGAGUCUAUUAAUGAAACAAUAUUGUUAUUCAAUUAAUGGAGAUUAAGAUUAUAGGACAUAUAGAUCUCUACAACAGGGCUAGAAAUAUAAUAUCUUUUUCAACAUAAAUUAAGGAACAUUUCUUCAUAUUUGUCAGUAGCUCUGAUGACUUUUGGUAAGAACUAUUGUAAAAACCCGUUUUUUUAUAUGGUUACAGAGUAAACAAGUCUUAUGCUAAUGUGAAAAACACUAAAGAAUGCCCAUACAGUAUGAAAAAAAAAAAAGCCACAGGACAUCCACAAGCAGUAAGUAACAAGGCACUAAUCAAAAUUAAGGUUUGAAUGCUCUUGAAAUACAGAUGACAAUG